AUGGCCGAGAAAGUAGCGGACGAGGAACUGUUGGUGUCCAUUCUCCCCCAGGAGUACGAGAACUCGGUGAUGGACAGCCCGUGCCGCCAGGCGGAGCAGCAGCACCGACACACGACACUCGGCGACGACGCCCUCUACACGGCCAUGAAGGAACAGGAAGCCUCCACCGCCGCCCUCAUCGCCAGGGCCAAAGCAUACGCGCAGGAAGUCGCCGCCGCAUCGGAGAAUCUCCAGAAGGCGAUCGCCGAGGCCCGCGAGCAGGAGGNCUGCUCCGCCUGGCGGCACGGGCUGUCCAUCACCGAGUUCUCGUACUCCUGGGGGAGAAUGGACACCAACAGUUCCUCGUCCGCCUGCAGAUCGAGCGUGAACAGUGACACAGAUCCGGGAGGAGUAUGGGGUCAAUUUGGGGUUGAAGAUCGAGGUUGUGUGCGGGGCAGAUCGGUCACACGGUGGCGGGCCUCGGAGGGAGCCGUAAUCGAGCUCCCGGAGGAGGGUCUGGACGGCUACGCGAAGAGCGACCUGGCGAAGACCGUCAAGGACGUUCUCAAGAAGAUUUUGUCCAAGGUGGUUGAGGAUCGUCUCCUCGAGGAGGCUGUCUUGAAGGAGGUGGAGCAGAAGAAACCCGACGUGCACCCCACCGAGAAGGCAUUGGACAAGGUCGUCACCGCCAACGGCGCGUGCGUGAUGGGUAUCCUGAAAUCCUCCCUGGCUCCCGAACUCCAGGAAGCCACGAAGGAGUCGCUGGACGGUACGCAACAUGCGACGCUGGUCGACGACGUUGCCGCAAAAGUGUAUGGGUUGAUCGAACCUCGACUGAUGGCCAUGGCCCAGUACAUCGUUGGGACUGUAUCCGCCGCCCCCCCCCGGCUGCGACGCCCCCGGACCGGGCGACACCCAUCCGGCGCUCCAAGAAGACGCCGUCGAAGGCGCCGUCGAAGUCAUCGUCGAGGAGCACGAAGCACAGAGAGGUCCCAUCACCGCCCCCGUCUUCCACCGACCCCUCUUCCUCGAGCGACCCCGAGACGCCCUCUCCUCCCAAGAAACCGAAGCGGGGCCGUCCGAGGAAGCAGCCUUUGGCAGCGGCCGACAUCAAUCAGCAGGCCGUCCCACCGGCUGCCGCUCGCCCCAUGCAAGCGCCUGCCCACCCAUACUACGGCGCGGCCCCCGGCUUCCAUGCAGCACCCCCCUUGCCACCCGUGGCAGCGGCGGGUUUCAUACCCCAAAACCCCGGCAACUGGAUGAUGCCCAGCCUCUUCUAGGCUUUUUGUCGGAACAGCAGUGACGUUCGCGUCACAUAUCGCAUCUUGGUAGGGUGUUCUUGCUUCGAAACGUCCAGCGUCACACGAUUCUAUCUAGCUGUGGGGUAUUGUCGUUCAUAGUGUGGUGGCAUGUUGCUGUUUUUUCCCAUGCGGGAACAUGAAAGUAGAAAAUAUUAGCGCUUUGGGAUUAGCAUUGACGCGGUUAUUUUUUUUUGCCCUAUCCGCGCAAGAAGCACCCGUCUUUUUUUUUACGAUUUUCUUUUUGUUAGACCGUGUAAAGGUCGCUUAGCCUUACAAAUAGCUCAAUAAUGGACGAAUAGCCCGCAAAAACCACGACGGGCCCCAAAAAUAAUGAGAAAUCGGGAUCGUAUGCGUUCCCAUGUUUCCAACGCCCGGAUGGACGCCAUGGAAAGCGCGAAAAAGUAGGUAGCUUCCUGGAGGCUUUGAAAUCACGACCUCGGGGGCACACACGAAGUCAACACGUUGCUCUAGUCUAGUGUUGGUGUGUUGGUUCCUAGAGUGUAUACGUCAAAAAUACGGCCGUCGCAACUAUGGCGAUGAACGCCAAUGACACCUGGUUUCGUUGGCUUCAUUCAGAUGUGUCUCCCGUACACCCUUGGGACGAAAUGAGGUAUGCAUAUGUUUUUCCUGCUUAUUACUACUUUUCCACAAAACCACAAGG